AGAAGGAGCAGGUUCAGAGCCAGGCUGCCCGGGUGUGACUCCAGACUCCGAGGUGGCGCCGCACAAGUCUGCGGGCUAAUCAGUAACUGGAGGACAGAGGCACUCACCCCUAAGGGCUGGGAAAGGGCCCUAGAUGGCAUAGCCCCGCUGCCUCGCCCAGGGAAAGGUGUCCAGGAGCGGCUGUCGCUGCUGUUACUGCGGAAGGAAGGGAGUCAUUCGAUAGAUAGAUAGGGGGUCACGGAGUGAGCAGAGAACACUGAACUAGGGGAAGAACAAGCAGGAACUCGCCAUGGCUUCUAUGUCUACUCAUGAAAACCAAGAGAAAGGGCCCCAUUUGCCGCCUCCAAGCAAGCAGAGCCUGUUGUUCUGUCCAAAAUCGAAACUGCACAUCCACAGAGGAGAGAUCUCAAAGAUUAUGCGAGAAUGUCAAGAAGAAAGUUUCUGGAAGAGAGCUCUGCCAUUUUCUCUUGUAAGCAUGCUUGUCACCCAGGGACUGGUCUACCAAGGUUAUUUAGCAGCUAACCCUCGACUUGGAUCAUUGCCUAAAGUUGCACUUGCUGGUAUCCUGGGAUUUGGCCUUGGAAAGGUGUCAUACAUAGGCGUGUGCCAGAGCAAAUUCCAUUGCUUUGAAGACCAGCUUCGUGGAGCUGGUUUUGGUCCACAGCAUAACAGGCACUGCCUGCUCACCUGUGAGGAGUGCAAGAUAAAGCAUGGACUCAGUGAGAAGCCCGGAUCACAGCCUUCAGCUUCCUAAACUCUGUGUCUGGGGCAUUUCAAGUUUUGUACACAUUUAAAAUUUCCAGUGUACUUUAAAAUAAAAUACUCCUAGUGGAACAAAA